GCAGCCCAAGAAAUGGCAAAAAGACAACAACAACAACAGCAAAAAACCCCACUAACUCAAGAAUUGUAUUAAGCAAAAAUGGAUUUCGGACCCAUCAAUUUUCCAUUUUAAACAGAAAACUAGGCUGAGCCACACUCUCCCCCCACCCCGACAUGGCUUUUGAACUUGCACUUGAGCAAUUUGGUAUAACUUUGAGAUGAACGAGAUCAUGGCCUCCUGACAGAGCACAGAGAAAACAAACAACCUGUUUAUGCCAAUACGGGGUCCUAUUUGCAUAUCCCAGGAGUGACCUCAAGAAGCAGAUGAACAGGCUGACCAGUUAUUGUCUAAACAUUAAUUACGCCCAAAGCAGCACUGUUAUUCUCGAGUCUUGGCAAAUGCACCCUGACAACCAGAUGGAGAACUCAGAACAAUGGCAUUCAGUGGAUGACUACAUUGAGCUAUCUGGGAGCUCCCGCUGUAGCUAACCUGUACUGGCAUCUCACUGUGCUCAAAAUGAAAUAUUAUUAAUACCCCCACAGGAGAAAAAACAGAACAUAAAUUCUGGAGCCCAACAAACUUGAGUUCUAAUCCCAGCUCGGCCACAUAUUCCUGAGCAAGUUACUCUAACCCUCUGCUGUCUGUCUUUAAACCAUGGCAAUAUUUAGAAAACUAAAUUUGAUCAUAUGUGGGAGCAGGGGUUCAUGCUCAGUCACAUUUGCCAUUUACAAAUAGCAGUAGUAGUCUAGGACUGUUUGUGGAGCUAUUUAUUCAUUUGUGUUUGGGGUUCUGUCUCUUCCCUGCCCCCACUCCACACAGGUGCCCAACUUCUUGGUACAAACUCCCCCACAGAAGCUGUGAAGUCCAAGCUGCUGGUAGACAGCCUGUCUUUCUGGCUGCCGUUUUCCCAAUGCCAGAGCUCCCUGGGAGAAUUCUCUAAGGAAGAAGACAGAAGAUUCCUUCAAAGGAGGACGAGGUCAAAAAUCUGAGGAUUCCACCAGCAGCAGAGCCUCAGGAGAGACUAGGACACUGGGGUUUCACCUGAGCACAGAUUGCUGGGGCCUCACCUCCCACAGACACAGUGGGACUGCUCCUUCCUAGUAAUUUUGUGCACUCAGACGAUGAGGGCAGUGCAAAAAUGGUGCUGGGCUGGAGACUGGAAGCCCUUCUCCUGUUCUUGUAAAUGUUUUGCAAUCUUAUUUGACUCUGGGGAGGUGAAGAGACCCCAACGAAGGCUGAGAUUGAAUUUCCCACUAGUCAGGCAAAAUAGAGCCUUAGGGGAAUAUUAAUUUCAGUUAAAAUACAAUCGAGCAUAAAUCCCCAUUUACAGGGUAAUAUUUAUGUCUACUAUAUAAGAAUAGUAUUUCUAUUACUGUUUUUUUUUUUAUUCCCCUCCUGUGAGGCAAAACUGGGUAUGUGGUGACUUGUAUCCUUAAAAAAUUUUUUCUAGGAAAAAACAAUCUCUAAUGUAAAUUUUAAUUUCUUUUCUGUUUUUUAAAUGAUAUGAGCUUUUAAAUUAAAAUGGAGGGGAAAAGGGCUUUAUAACUGGAUAGUUUCAACUCACUAAAAUAAUACCCACGGAGUAGGCUUACAUAAACAGUGUUCAAAUUACUAUUGACUACAUGCUUAAAAAUUAAAAGUGCAGGUAUUAUAAUCAUAGUACAAAAUCAUGGUAGUUUGUGGUAUCUAUUCCUGCCCAAGGUUGUGCUCCAGUGAGCACAGUUUCUGGUCUUUGAAUAGAUUAUUUCUGCCAAAUACCAAGUAUUUCAACUGGACCUGUUUGUGCACUUGCCCCCACCAGAGUGGUUUCAUGCACAAAGCCCUCGCUCCACACAAGGGAAUUCCCACAACAAAUCUGCCUGCAGACGUAAGGGGUCCACAGUUAAUAGAGCAGUUUCUUUCAACUCACUGAAGGCAUUUUAUUUGCUAAAUACACACCUCAUAUUAACAGCCAGCCUUUCAGCCAACCAACACAGAAUACCUAUUUUAAAGAGCUCCCAAACUUUCCUCACUACAACAUUGUCCGCCAUGAAGUUAUUUUGUAAAACUCGAGAAAUAUAGUCUAAGGCAAUGGUCUUCAAAUUAGGGUACACAUACCCCUGGGGAUACACAAAUGCCUUUCAAGAGGUACCCAGAGGUUGCCACAGCACCGCCACCAAGGUUAGGCUUUUGAGCUGACCGAGGAAAGGGAGGGGCGGGUUCAGAGCACCCGGAAGUGCUCAGUGUGCAGCCCCCACUCCGGAAGUCCCGCUCCUGCUUCCGGGCGUCUGGGCAGAGCAACGUUCUUCCUCGAGAGGUGGUUAGACGGUUGGGCACUUCUGUGUUCUAGCUGCCUGGAGCUACCUGCCUCUGCGGUCUUGGCUGCUGGAAGCUACUACAGGAGCAUCCUCCCCUGGUGUUGAUGUUGGAUAUACCUUAUUAGGAUAUUAAAAUGGCUGCACUAUCCCAAGGAAGGAAAGACGCCAUCCCUUCCUUGUCAGAAUGCCAGUGCCAGAUCUGUAUGGAAAUCCUACUUGAGCCUGUGACGCUCCCUUGUAACCAUACACUCUGUAAACCGUGCUUCCAGUCAACUGUCGAAAAUUCAAAUUUGUGCUGUCCCUUUUGUCGCCACCGCCUCUCUACAUGGACCCGAUACCAUACCCGAAGAAAUUCUCUUGUCAAUAUGAAACUGUGGGAGAUAAUUCAAAGAUAUUAUCCAGAGGAAUGCAAGCGUAGAGCUUCUGGGCAACAAUCGGAGGAAAUUGUUGAUCACUAUCGACCAGUUCACCUAGUAAGUAAACCAGGGGAAUUACGAAGAGAAUAUGAAGAGGAGGUAAGCAAGGCAGAGGCAGAGCGACGAGCCAAUGAGGAAGAAGAAAACAAAGCCAGUGAAGAAUAUAUACAGAAGUUACUGGCAGAGGAGGAAGAAGAAGAAAAACAACAGGCAGAAAAAAGGAAAAGAGAGAUGGAAGAGCAAGUGAAAAGCGAUGAAGAGCUGGCAAGAAAGCUAAGUCUUCAAAUUAAUCAUUUGUCUGAGGGACGUGUCUUGGCAUUAAGUUCCCAAAAAUCUGAUCUAGUCACAACAAAGUCGCAAAAGAAAAGUAGGAACAAGCAAACAAACACUGGAGAUACUCAGAAGUAUUUGUCACCUAAAUCUCAACUUGGGUCAGCAUCACAGUCUCAAGUUGUACAAGACGACAGGAAAAAUUCCAUGUCUAAGGAAACUGACAACAGUGAGGUGAAGAGCCCUAUAUGGCAAAGCACAGAAAUUAAGGAAGAUAUGCUAACAUUUUCUCCACAGAUAUGCCUUGAAGAUCAAGAACAAAGUGCAAUAUCUUCAGCAGAGUCACUUAUGCCUCAGUUGGGUGCCAGUAGUAGAGAAUGUUGCCUUAAAGGAAAAAUCAAAACAAGACCCAAAACUCAUGAAAAAGAGUAAUGUGUCAUAAAUCAUGAGGGACCUAAAACCAGAGUUCCCUACUCUGAAGAAGCUGCAGUUAAGCCUGGUGGCAGAACAGAGACUGGGUGCACUGUCUCAGAUAUGACACCAAUAACUAGAAAUAACACAGUGGAGAAGAAAACGAAGUCUCACCUACACCAAAAAGAUAGCUCCAAAAGAAAAAAGAAAACAGGAAUCUUUGAAGCAGUCAGGGACCCAUACUUUUCUGCAAAAAGAAGAAAAAUGACUCCCAGUUCCUCAGAUAAAGAGGAAACAGAAAUAAACUUUACUCAAAAACUGAUAGAUAAGAAACAUCUACUUUUUGAGAGACAUUUACAAGAAGAACAGGAUUGGUUAUUAGCAUAACAGCUUCAGAAAGAGGUGGACCAAGAACACAUGUGGCCAAACAGGCAAAAAGGAUCCUCAGAUGAAUAUCAGUUACAUGCUACGUCCUCACCUCCAGACAAAUUACUAAAUGGACAGAGGAAGAUUUCCAGAUAAGAAUUUCAAAAGACAAAAACUGAUCUAGAGCAUCCAGAACCUCAGAGACACUCAAAAAAUGAAAACUGUUUAAAGAUCCAGUUGAAAUGUUCAGUUAAUGUAAGAAAGAUACCAAAUUCUAUUAGAGAUAAUUGUAAUGUACCUAAAACCACUCAUUCCCUACAGCCUAGUAAGUCACAGAAAAGUAUUUUUCAGAUGUUUCAGAGAUACGCAAAUUAAUGCAUGGGUAAAGGUGAGUGUUUUAUAAUCUAGUAAAGCUGGAUUGUGAAGCUCUCUAUCACAGAUUCUUUAUAAACUUUUCAUACUGCUCUGUGGACACGUUCACUGUCCUUAAUUAAAGGACUAUGCGAUGUACAAAUAUGUCUGUGCCAAACUCAGUCAUAAGCAAGAGGCCCAAUCCUUUCCUUUUUUAGUAACUGCAAUGUACUAAGUUGACAGAUCUAAUGGAUAUAAAAAUGCCUUGGUCAGGGAGUUCCCUGAUGGAAUAGCAGUUAAGGAUUUGGCAUUGUCACUGCUGUGGUGGGGGUUUGAUGACUGGUCGGGAACUUCUGCAUGCUGUAGGUGUGGCCCCCAAGAAAGAAAAAACAAACUUAUUUUAAAAAAUGCCUUGGCCAACUCCCAAGAAAUCUUAAUUUCCAUGUGUUUCCCAAAAGUGCAUAUUUAAUGGCCUUUGCUCACCAUUUUGUCCUGACUAGUAAAGCAACAUUAUAAUAUACCAAGUGGGGAGUUCCCGUUGUGGCACAGUGGUUAACGAAUCCGACUAGGA